UGCAUAUAAUAUUAUUAUUCAUUUCAAUAUUACAUUUAUGGUGUUCGGUCUUAUUUUUGUAGCCUUCGGAAUGAAAUAAGAAAAAGAUUAAUUUAAGAUCAAAUCCGUGUUUAGGAAAUAACUUGAAUUCAGUACCUACCUAUCACUUUGAGUGCAUAGGUAGUUCAAAAGCGUUUUCAAUAAUUAUUUUGUAUUUUGGUGUCACUAUCUGCAAUAAACAAUGAAGCUGGUGGUGCCGUUAAUUAGUUUAAUUCACGCUAUAAUCGUCGGGGCCGGUCAAACACCGACACCAAUUGUACUAUGGCAUGGAAUGGGAGACACUUGCUGUGCAUUCUACAGUCUGGGCGGCUUCAAAACAUUUUUAGAAAAACAAAUACCAAAUGUGUAUGUCAUAUCUCUACGGUUUGGGAACAACACUAUUGAAGACCGGGAGAGUGGUUUCUUCAUGGACCCUAAUGAACAAAUAGACUAUGCAUACAAAGUACUAGAGGCGGACCCUAAUUUGCAAAAUGGCUUUAAUGUGAUUGGCUUUUCACAGGGAUGCCAGUUUCUGCGAGGCAUGAUCCAGCGUUAUGGCCACAAAUUACCUCCAAUCAAGAGCUUCAUUUCCCUCGGCGGGCAGCACCAGGGCGUGUACGGGCUCCCGCACUGCAUGGCGGUGUCCCACAAGACCUGCGACUACAUACGAGAGCUGCUCAACUAUGCGGCUUAUCAGAGUUGGCUCCAGUCAUCGCUGGUCCAGGCUACCUACUGGCACGAUCCCCUCAACGAGGAAGAAUACAAAAGGAAAAGCAUUUACCUUGCCGACAUCAACAAUGAGUUGAAGAUCAACGAGACUUAUAGAUCAAACUUGAAGAAGCUGGAGCAUUUCGUGAUGGUGAAGUUCGAUAGCGACAGUAUGGUGCAGCCGCGAGAAUCCGAAUGGUUCGGCUUCUACACUCCAGGACAAGGCUCGCAGCUGCAGACGCUGCAGCAGUCCAGGAUAUAUACCGAGGACCGCCUGGGCCUGCAAGCAAUGGACCGCGCCGGCAAGCUCGCAUUCCUUUCCCAACCUGGCGACCAUCUUCAGUUCGACGAGACGUGGUUCAUUGACAACAUCAUCAACAAAUACCUUGUUUAGUUAAUUAUGUUUAAGAAUAUAUUUUAUUUUAUAGGCUAUCAUUGACUAUAUGGGAUGUGUAAUGUCUAACACAUUCGUUUUUCGAUUUUGACAGCUUAUAUGGAUGGCGUUUUACUGAUCGUCAAAACACAUUUGAUAAUUCAGUUCUUCCUCGUUUCCUCCUGCUUGAGGGUCGCAACGACAUGAGGUCAUUAUUGUGCCCACAAUAAUGACCUCAUGUGGUCGCGACCCCCGGUCACAGAAUAAUCAUAGAAUGGAGAGCCUUGGUGCUCAUCAAGGCUCUCCAUUCUGCACGAUUUUUCAGUUACCACAGAUGAAAUGGCGCUAUGGCGCUAAAGAAGAGACGCUUUCCGUAUACAUUUUCGUACAUUGAUCCGCCUGUUGACAUCUCUAUUGGUGUCCAGCUCGCACAGUGACGUUGACAACCGGCCUCAUGGGCGGGACAGCAAUAUAAUUAUGCGAGGGCAAUAGAUAUAGCAACAGGCGCGUCAACUCUAUAUGGAAAGCGUCUCUGCUUUAUACUUACAUUGGCAUCUAUUUUAGCUGUUAAAGAGGUCCCCCUAACAUUGGCAUCUAUUUUAGCUGUUAAAGAGGUCCCCCUAACAUUGGCAUCUAUUUUAGCUGUUAAAGAGGCCUAAAUUGUUUAUUACCUGUUACCUGUGACCGCGGUUAGACAAAACCACUGUACGUUUUGAUGAUAUAAAAUAUCAGUAUGGUGACAGUUUAAAUGUUUUAAUAUACAUCCACAUACGCAGCGUUGUAUGGAGGCUGUCAGUCUUCCAUAUUUACUAGCCUCUGUUUUAGUAUAUUUCUUUAGUAGUAGACAUAGAUUAGUAUAUAUUAUUACUGGACUGAAUUACAGAAUCUCAUUUUCGUAGGAAACGAAAAUAUUGGCAUUCGUGAUUUUAUAUUAUGUACUUAGUGAAUUACUUAUACUUAUCAGUAAAUAUAUUUAUUUACAUAGAAAGUGAUGAUUGCUACUGCAUUAAUAGUAAGUUUUAUCGAGUGUUCAACGAUACAUAUACUUACCUUGCAUAAAUGAUGUUGAUUUUAUAUAAUUGGGUAUACUAGGCCUAGGUGAAUUGGCCUAUAUUGCUUGUACGGGAUGGUUAAAUAUAAUGGACCCUCUAGGGCAGGGGUCUGUAACCGCGGCCGCAUGCGGUUCCUUGGAAGUAAAAUUGCGGCUCCUCGAGAUACCUAAUACUAGUGAUUUCUAAUUGCGGUUCUCAAAAAUUUGCUGACCCCUGCUCUAGGACCACCCGAAAACGUGAUAGCUCAAUUUGCUAGAAAGAAACUUAAUAUUCUUUUUUCUAGGAAAAAUAACAGAUUCACGGAUUAACUACAUAAAGACCGUGUACCUACGCAUUGACGCGCUUCUGAGGAGCUGGUAUCAGUCGGUAACU